AUGACGAUGGCGUCAAUACUGCAGGCAGUCGAGGACAUGAAAUCCGACAGCGGCAGGGACGACGACUCCCUUGGUGAGCUUCAAAGCCCCACCAAGUCAAGCCAUGGCGAUAUUGUCAGUGACCUUGUUGCCAAUGCGAGGCGAGAACGCAAGGUUCAGGAUCUUGAGAUAACCAAUGCGUCUCUUGAGGCUAUCAAUAGAACAUUGGAGCGCCAAUUAAGGAGGCAAACUGCCGAGCUACGACGAAUUCGUCGAAUGUCCCGAUCGGGCAAAAUGAUGUCCGCAGCUUCAAGCCGCGUUCCAUCUGCGGCUCUGCCUGAGGUGCCUGUCGACUUCUCAGACCCCAGCGGCGAAGAAAGCCAGGCAGAAGAAGAGCCUGAGUCGAUCCAUGAAUCCGAGUUUUCUAGUGACGAAGGCUCAGCAGAUGAGGCCUUGUCGCCUAAUGCCAAGAUGGCCAGCAGACGAAAGCAGGAGGAAAUCAGGCUUAAGCUAGACCUUACCAAGCAUCAAGAGCUACUUGUCGACAGCCAGAAGAUCAACCAGAGCAUCAAGCGCUGUUUAGACUGGACUGAGGGCUUGAUUAAGGAGGGACAGAAAGCAUUGGAAUACAAAGUCAGGGUUUCAGAUAUCAAAUUCGGUGGCCAUGUCCUCGCACCUCCCGACGACGACGAAGAGGAAAGAGGGAGUGCCAUUCAGGAAUUCGAUGCUGACGAACCAUUAUCCUUGGAAAAUCUUGAACCAUGGAGCGCAGCAUCCUCAAAGGAUCGCGAUAGUGGCAUUGAGCUACCCAGUGACAAGGGCUUGUCUUGA